UUGUUCCCUGAGACGGGGCCUCGCCAAGGGGGCACCCGGCUGACCAUCCUGGGGGAGAACCUGGGUCUGCAGUUCAGAGACAUCCAGAUGGGCGUCAGACUGGGCAAGGUGCCCUGCGUCCCCAUCGAGGAGGAGUAUGUGAGCGCAGAGAGAAUAGUGUGUCUGCUGAACGACGCCACCAGCUACAGGGUACAGGAAGCCCCGGUGGAGGUGUGUGUGAGGGACUGCGUCAACGACUACAGAGCGCUGUCGCCCAGGCCCUUUACCUUUGUGACUCCAUUCUUCACCCGUAUCCAGCCUUCUCAAGGGCCCAUCUCUGGGGGCACCCGGGUCACCAUCGAGGGAAGUUCACUCAACGCAGGCAGCUACGUCUCAGUGGGCAUCGGACAGCAGCCCUGCUACUUCAAAAAGAGGAAUGCCAAUGAGAUAGUGUGCAUUACCCCAGCUGGAUCAGCAGUGAGCAGUGCGUUAGUCACUGUGGACAUCGAUGACGCUGAGCUCCAAAACCCUGAGGUGAAGUUUAACUACACUGAAGACCCCACCGUCCUGAGGAUUGAACCGGACUGGAGCAUUGCCAG